AUGAUAAUGACUAGAAGGUUUCUGCAUUUACUGAGAGAUUUAAGACCUUCAAGUGUCUUUAAAGAGGACUCCAUGUCGCCUAGAAAGAUCACAGUUCAAAUUAUACUACUUCAACUAUUUUAUUAUUUCACAGCUGCUGUUUUAUUUUAUCUUUGGGGUACUGUCUAUGGGUUUAAAUUAGAGAUUAAAGAAUGGUUAUUUUCUUGGACUGCAAUUGAUUAUGCAAACUCUGUAGGAUUGUCUAUCAUUAUGCUAUGGCUAGUUGAUGCGCUGAUCUGUGUUAUGUUUUUGACUAUCAUUGUUGGUAGAUCAAAACUGGCUUGGGAUUUUGCGAUUACUAUUCAUGCAAUUAAUUUGAUUGUGGUUUAUUUUUAUAGUGGCAGUUGGCCAUCCUUUCAAUGGGUAAUAUUACAGAUUUUGUCCUCAUUGAUAUUAAUCUUCUUGGGGACUUGGUUUACCAGAUGGAAGGAAUUGAGAGAAACAUUUUUUGACGGUUUGUUAGACUCAUCAAUAGAUACAAGUGAUAACAUACGACAGAGUGAUAAUAAUGCUAUUGAAAUGAAGGAUCUAGAAGCACAACGUUAG